GGGCGGCGGCUGCGCAGCGCGGCCCCUCCCGGGCACCGCCCCGUCCCGGCCUCCUCUGCGGGUAAACAGACAUGGCCGACGAGCGAGACCCGCAGGACGCUGAGCGCAACAUGGGCAACCACCUGCCACUCCUGCCCGCAGAGAGCGAGGAAGAAGAUGAAAUUGAAAUGGAGGUUGAAGACCAGGAUAGCAAAGACGCCCAGAAACCGAACGUCAUAAAUUUUGACACCAGUCUGCCGACGUCACACACAUAUCUGGGCGCCGACAUGGAAGAGUUCCACGGCAGGACGCUGCACGAUGACGACAGCUGCCAGGUGAUCCCAGUGCUGCCCCAGGUGAUGAUGAUCCUCAUUCCCGGGCAGACGUUACCUCUUCAGCUGUUUCACCCUCAAGAAGUCAGCAUGGUGCGGAAUUUAAUCCAGAAAGACAGGACCUUUGCAGUUCUUGCGUACAGUAAUAUACAGGAAAGGGAAGCCCAGUUUGGAACCACAGCAGAGAUAUAUGCCUACCGGGAAGAACAGGACUUUGGAAUCGAGAUAGUGAAAGUGAAAGCAGUUGGGAGACAGAGGUUCAAAGUCCUUGAGCUAAGAACACAGUCCGAUGGAAUCCAGCAAGCUAAAGUGCAAAUUCUUCCUGAAUGUGUAUUGCCUUCAACCAUGUCUGCAGUUCAGUUAGAAUCCCUCAAUAAGUGCCAGAUAUUUCCUUCAAAACCUGUCUCAUGGGAAGAUGAGUGUUCAUAUAAAUGGUGGCAGAAAUACCAGAAGAGAAAGUUUCAUUGUGCAAAUUUAACUUCAUGGCCUCGCUGGUUGUAUUCCUUAUAUGAUGCCGAAACCUUAAUGGACAGAAUCAAGAAACAGCUACGUGAGUGGGAUGAAAAUCUCAAAGAGGAUUCUCUUCCUUCAAAUCCAAUAGAUUUUUCUUACAGAGUAGCUGCCUGUCUUCCUAUUGAUGAUGUAUUAAGAAUUCAGCUCCUUAAAAUCGGCAGUGCGAUCCAGCGACUGCGCUGUGAACUAGAUAUUAUGAACAAGUGUACAUCCCUUUGCUGUAAACAAUGUCAAGAAACAGAAAUCACAACCAAAAAUGAAAUAUUCAGUUUAUCCUUAUGUGGGCCGAUGGCAGCUUAUGUGAAUCCCCAUGGAUACGUGCACGAGACGCUUACAGUGUAUAAGGCUUGCAACCUGAAUCUAAUAGGCCGGCCUUCCACAGAGCACAGCUGGUUUCCUGGGUAUGCCUGGACCAUUGCUCAGUGCAGGAUCUGUGCAAGCCAUAUUGGAUGGAAAUUUACUGCCACUAAAAAAGAUAUGUCACCCCAAAAAUUUUGGGGUUUGACUAGAUCAGCUCUGUUACCCACAAUCCCAGACACUGAAGAUGAUAUAAGCCCAGACAAAGUAAUACUCUGCUUGUAAAGCCACACGGUAGGAUAACAUUAUUUAACAAGUUGGUAUUCUAAAACCAGACUUGCUUUGGAAAUGACUGCUCUUUGUGCAUACCUAAGUAAAAAGUAACAUUACAUGGAAAGUUGCAUUUUCUUAGUUGAAGGGUAUGUGAGGAGGCUAAAAAGCAGACCAGAAUGCUUUGCUUUUAGGAAUACCAACUUCAGGUGCCAUUACCUUGUGGACUCUGAGAUGCCUAGUGGCAUGUCAUUAGUAGGACAUGAUGACAUCUCUGAAAGGGAUGAGACUGUUUCUGGCACAAAGCGUAUUUGCAUUUCCUGCAAUGUGAGGUAUUAAUCAUCUGCUUCUGAAUGGAAUAGCAUGUCUUUAUCAGUGCUCCAAAUAGCUCAAGUUCCAAAAGCUAGAGUAGCUAGCACAUGUCCAAGCAAUGUUAUUUUAAUUUUGUUUGAAUACUUCUGAUACUCAUUUGUAAAUUUUGAAAAUAUAUUAAAGAGAGUUAAAAGAUAUA